GCAAGCCCCUGGUCCAUUCUGCAAGCAUGUCCGUGUCUGCGACGACAGGCGCGGCGGCUGCGCCGCCCCCUCGUGGCUCGACGCCUGGGACGGCCAUCGAAGGUGCAUCGUCGUCUGGUGCGAACGGAGUUGCACAAACGCCUGCGGGGGUCCUCAAGUAUGGCCAAACCCUUCGUUUGCUCGCCAACAGUCAUUACCAUCCCACAUCUGCAGAAGUUGAAAUCGGCAUUGGUGUGUACAAGAAGAAAGGCAAGCACGGGAUUUUGAACGCAGUGCCGCCCCUCGGUGACCAACAGGAGCAUUUGUUCCAAGAAGACGAGUACCGCGUCCUGGAUCCGAGUGGGCAGCACGCGGAGGGGUCGGCAGUUCAGUUUGGACACACCUUGGUCCUUGUGAACCAAGACAACUUGGUAUGGAACAACAAAACCGGCGGUAUCACAGGGUAUGUGGGUCCCCGUCCCCGACAAACCAACGGCGAGAUGUACGUGAGCUUCCAUCCGAACCCAAAGCUUCCCCAGCCCAAGUCGUUGUUCAUUCGGUAUGGCGACGAAGUCGUCAUCGACGUCGAAGACGCCAACCGCCACGUCCGCACGUACAAUAAGCGCCUGACAAACUUCAAGAAGCCCACAUCGUCGAUUCUCGGCGGAUACAUUUGCUGCGACGGCAAAGGCCACGACCUGCUCUGUGCCGUCGUUCCACCACGUCUUCAAAUCAAGAAGGUAUUUGUCCGCGGCAAGACGCUGACAAGCUACCAGUUUGGUCAGCCCAUUGACAUCUCGAGCGACAACGCGACCGUCGAAGUGCAAUUCACCCACGACAAGAAAGUUGUCUUGACAGCAGACAAGUUGAAUGACAUGGCUGUCUCUGGCCGUGUCAAGCAUUACGUGCCGCUCGCGGAUGGAGGCCCCGGUGGCGUUCAGAUGACACUCCAAAUCACGACACCCAGCGCAAGCACGUCAGAUGCCACGUCGAACGCGGCGCCGGCCUCGAGCUCGCUGCUGGAAUCUCUUACGGCCAAGUUGCGUGGUGCUCCCGUGCACCAAGUGUCCAUUCUGGUUGUAAUUUCGUCGGUGAUUUUGGCGUUAUUGAAACGAUCCGGCCUUGUCCAUCAAUGGAUUGCCGUCGGGCUGGCCGCGUGCAUUUGGUUCCCCGCCAUGCUUCUCCUUAUCGCGAGCGAUAAACCCAAGCCCCUGCCUUCGCAACAAAAGCAACAACAGCAGCAGCAGCACCAACAAUCGUUGGCUCAGAACGGGGGCAGGACCCUCACGUUGAUCCAGUACGUGUACCAUGCGGAUGCCCCGUUUCCCGACGGCCACGACCACCAUGAACCGGUUUUACCUCCUGUACCGGAACGCUUUCUUCGUGCUACGAAAGGAGACGAAUCUGCUUCGCUUGUCCGCUGGAAGGACACGCUGCAGUGGCGCAAGGAACAGCACAUGGACGGCAUCUUGUUUGAAGCGAUGCCGUACUUUCGUACGAUCAAGGAGAACUACCCGCACUAUUACCACAAGCGCGGCCUGAACAACGAACCCGUGUAUUACGAAAAGCCGGGUAAAAUCAACCUGAAGAAGCUCCGCGCCGAAGGCAUCACGCUCGACCACCUCUUGCGCAACUCGCAAAUGGUGACCGAGUUUUUGUGGUCGGUCAUGGAGAAGGACGACAACCAAAAGUGCAUUUCUGUCCUGGACGUGGAAGGCAUCGGGUUCUCGGACUUUGGCGGCGAAGUCGUCGAGUACGUUCGUCGGUGCGCGGGAUACACUGGCAAGCACUAUCCCGAACGUUGCGCGUACAUCUUCAUCCUGAACGUUCCUGGGUGGUUCAAUAUGGUGUGGAAGGUGGUCCAGGGAAUGAUUGACGAAGUCACGCGUGAGAAGGUCACGAUCGUCCGAGGAAAGGACAAGAUUUACGAAGCGCUCGCCCACCGCAUCGCGCACGAAAACAUCCCAGUCGAGUUUGGUGGCGGGUCGACAGGCGAGUCGCCAGAGGAAGCCAUUUUAUUUCAGCUGCAGGACUACAACAACAAGGUCGAGGGCGCCACGAACCCGCUGGUGGGCGAUCUCGUCCCGCGCCCGUUUGUGGCCACAGCUGCCGCCCCCGCGGACCAGCCCACGACAAAGGAUGUGUAGUCAGUCUCGGUUGGUGUUGCAAUGCAUGCAAUUUUGUUCCUCGA